AGGACGCUCUGUGGAGCAGCGGUAUGAAAACUUUACUAAAGCUGUCCAGACAGCUGUAAAAACCUCAAAAUAACGGAUAUUUUAUAGCAAAAAGCGCGCUAGCACAGCUCGUUUGUCGCUUAUAAAUGUUAGCUUACGAAAUAAUGUAAGCUGAGCAAAGCAGCUAACCGACAAAGCUGUCUGUCCGCCGAGGAAACACCGACGGGGGUAAACAAUGGCUUCCUGUGUCAUGUUGUCUUAACACAGGAAGGCGAUAACAAUAUUUAUCUUCAAUGAAAGAGAAUAAAAUGAAGCCGAAACGCACCCAAAGGCAUACAGGACCCAGCUGGCAAGGGAAAAGUGUCAGUGCUGGUGACAAGGCAACGCUAACCCAGUCAAAGCCAACACGUGUGUCUUCUCCUGCUCAAGUCAAACCUUUUGCUGGGAAGGUGUUUUACCUGGAUCUGCCUUCAAACCGAUUAGCAGAGACGUUGGAGAGUGACAUCAAAGACCUGGGAGGGACUGUUGAAAAGUUCUUCAGCAAGGAAAUAAAGUAUCUGGUAUCCAACAAGAGGGAGGCCAGAUAUGUGCAGUGCCUGAGACAGGACUCUCCUGUGCCCAGCCCGGACUCUGGACCGAGUUCACCUCACCCUCUGUCAAACCAGCACCGACCGAGCAGCCACGGGGACAACGUCAAAAGCAGGUCUCAAGGCCAGAUGGACACAUUUGUUCCAAGUCGAGGGAAGUCUUUGGUGGAGAGAGUGGUGAAAGAGCAGGAGAGGGUUAAAAUGAACAAGAUCCUGUCAAAUGCUCUGGAUUGGGGUGUGAAAAUCCUCUACAUAGAUGAUAUAAUAGCAUAUGUACAGAAGAAGAAAAAGAUUGUCGGCAGCCAGUGUCCUGCUGCCGCUGCUGUCAAAACAAGUGUCAAGCCUGAGUCAGCAGCAAAGCAAGGCUUUCAGAAAUGCAAAGGGGGAAGGAUCAGUAAACCGUUCGUCAAGGUGGAGGAUUCAAGCAGACACUACCGUCCAAUCUACCUCACUAUGUCAUACAUGCCUGAGUUCAACCUGAAGACGGUUCCUCCCUGUACUCCCUUCUGUGUGGACGACAAGCUGCCUACAGGGAACAAACAGCCGGGACACAGAGGUGCGAAAGCCUCAGCCAGUGAAGAGCGAGCACACGGCCGGAAGAAGAACAGAGACAAGAAACGAGGUGGCUACUGCGAAUGCUGCAUGAUCAAAUAUGAGAAUAUCACAAUGCAUCUGAAGAGUGAACGUCACAAAGCUUUCUCCAAAAGUGAUGAAUACCUGGUGGUGGACAGACUGGUUUCAACUCUGCACUGCAACCUUGUCCACAUCAAAACUCAAGUUAAAAGACCAAAGUGCAGCGUUUCUUCUAUUCUCGUUGCUCCUGGACCGUGUGGGAAAAGUGAGCUAAGGCACAAGGGAGAUCUCUUUACAACAGAGAUUAUUAAAGAAGAGCAACACCGGACUGGUGAUGAACACGAGGGAUCUUAUUCAGGACACACUUUAAAAACCAGAUCAGUUACCGGUUCUGCUCCUCUGAAAGACAGAGAGGGGGAGAGGUGGAGCUGUUACACUUACUCAGAUAGAUCCAAGCACAAAUCUGUUGCACGUAAACGACCGUGCAGACAGAAUUCUUUAACUUCUUGCUCUCAAAAAGCUGAGGCUCAAAUUCAUCAGCCCAUCAUGGAAACAGCCCCCUCUAGAGGUGAUUGUCUUCCCUCUGUUCCCUCCAGACUCACUCAGAUCAACAAGGAGGACCAAACAAUGACGCAGGACAUGAACGAACAGAAUGAAGCUUCCUCAAAAAACCUCAGUGUCAUAACAAAUCAACAAGAGGAGUUAAAUAACAAACAGGAUGCCUCUGUGUUUGAGGCUGUCGAGGAAGAACACAAACUGCCUGACAAAAUGACUGAUAACAAGCUCUUGGAAAAGGAAGUGAACCCUCCUUCACAAAAUGUCUCUCCGUUCCGGAAAAUACAGAGGAGGGUGAGAGUUUAUAAACACAAAAGGCGGAAAGUGGACUCACGAGUUGAACCUGUAAAGCAAAGUGAUGUUCCUCACAACUCCAUGCAGAAACUUUGGGAGAUUUUUCAGUCGAGUGAUGACAUGGACGUGGAGUUUCUGGGCUUUGAGGACUAGAAAGCAACAAAUUAACUGAAGGGAUAAACUGGACUAUCAAUGAAUUUUUCAACGUUUGAAUCAUACUGCUCUCUGUGCCAUGAACUAUACAAGCCACUGAAUCUUUCUUGUCUGCAGAAGCAUCAGUUUAAAGGGAUAGGUCAUUUUUUUUUAAUGUUGGGUUGUUAGGGAUACUUAUCCAUAAUCAAUGAGUUUGUUUACAUGGACACGAAUAAUCUGUUUAUGAUCGGAUUUUCGGAGUAUCCUGUUUAUGUGUUGGAGCAUAUAAACACCAUAUACCGUUCAUGAGAAACCUGAAUGUGCAAACUGGAGUACUCUGAAAGAAAUCAGGAUGUACAUGGGGAAUAAGAAUAGCAUGAUUUUUCUUGCUCAUGUAAAUAACGUAUCUGAAUACGAUCAUAACCGAGAUGAGUUGCAAUGUGGAUAAGCAGUCUGGGGUCUGACUUGGAAGCUAAACAAUUUGGGACAGAAGCAAAAGGAAUUUUAGCCACCUAAAAACAAAAGUAUACGCUAUAUUGAAUAUAUUUCUCAUAGCUUUCAGUUUCCAUCAGACAGCCCACUCCGACACGAAGCCAUUAACAGCUUCAGUUCACCAUCUAUGCUCUUUUCAAAGUCACCAGACUCUAUUGACAAAGACAGGAUUUCAGUCUUAGUUAGUUUGGGGUGUUGUGUGACUUUGGUAAAUCCCAACUAACCCUUUUAAAUGCAUUUUAAGUCCUACAAUAACACAAACAAAAUAC